CUAAGGUAUGGCGGAAUGUUGACUCUAAGCAUUCAGUUGCCUGAUCAAAUUCUGCAGGGGCUGACAGUGACCCAAUCAAAGUUGAUAACUCUGGGAGAUCAUUUAUAAAGCUCUGUGCAGUAGUUGAUGUGAAUGUACAUUUAAUACAGUAGCGUGGUGAGGUGCAUAUAUUAUUACUCAGACAUAGUUUGAAUGAGAUGAGAUAAUGAUCUGAGAUAACUUCAGACUGUGGAAGUAUGACUAUAUUGUCUACAUUUAACCUGAAUGUUAGUAUUAGAUCAAGGGUGUGACCACCAUUAUGGGUCGGUCCUAUGACGUUCUGAUUAAUCCCUACUGAAUCUAAAAUGGACACAAAUGCUGUUUUUAAAGGGUCUUCUGGGUUAUCUUAGUGAAUAUUAAAAUCUUCGACAACUAAAGCUUUGUCUAAGGAACUAACCAGAUCGGAGAUAAAAUCUGCAAAUUCAGAAAGAAACUCAGAAUAUGGCCCCGGGGGCCUGUAAAUAAUAAGCAAUGGAAUUAACUGGGUAGACUUAUUUUUCAAGGCUACAUACAUUAUACGAGUAUGAAGAACUUCAAAUGUAUUACAUUUAUAACCAGGUUUGUGUGUUACACCUAGAUAAUCAUUAUAAAUAACCGCAACGCCUCCUCCUCUGCCAGUUUGACGAGGCUGGUGUACUGUAUAUAACUGUAUCCAGGAGGACUCGCUUCAUUUAAUGCUAUAUAUUCAUUUGGCUUAAUCCAUGUUUCAGUUAAACAAAGUACAUUAAACUCCUGAUCAGUAAUGAGUUCAUUAACCAUUAGCGCUUUAGAUGUAAGAGAUCUAAUAUUUAAUAGCUCCACCUUUAGAUCAAAAGGUGCUAGCAGCAGCUGUACAGUCAGUAUGAUCCAAUUUUAUAUUGAUUAGAUUACUGGAGCAAACUCUCUGAAAAGUUCUACCUUUUUGUUUAGCCUGGGGAACAGACACAGUCUCAAUGUAGUGGACCCUGAGUGACGACUCUGUGCAGCUAGCAGACAGUCGGUUUAGCCUGUUCGUCUGCUCCCUGGCCUUGGCUCUGGAUUGUCAGGAAUUAACUAGGCUUGUCCUGAGACUAUGACCAAUGUUGCAGGAAAUGAGAGCAGCACCUUCCCGAGUGGGAUGGAUACCAUCCCACCCUAACAGGCCAGCAGUGCCCUCAAAAUUAGCCCAAUUAUCUAUAAAGCCCACACUGUUUUCAGAGCACCACCUGUACAACCAGCAGUUCAGCGACCAUAACCUGCUGUAAGCUACAUCGCCACGCCACAAAACCCUUAGAUGCAUAAGUGGGGUCCAAACGGACCCCAGUGGUAGUUUUGUUGCAAAAUCUUUGUCAUUUUACAUUUAUAUUGUCUAACCUUCCAUGUAUUCCUCAAAUAGGGUGUUUUUGAUAUGGUCUCAUUUGGAUUUGUAUGUAUAGUUUUUUUUCUUUUAAGUUAUUUUAUAUUUUGUAUCAAUACCCAACUUUUCCAUAAGUGGGGUCAAAACGGACCCCAAGCAUUUUAUAUGGAGUUUCGGUUGAUAUCCCGAGGAACUUUUUAUUUUUGUCACCUCUGGUUGUCAGGAAUACAUUUGUUGCCGAUCAACACAUCUACUGCUUACAUUCUCACCACCCUGAAGAGCAUUUUUACUCAGCAACACACAUCUUACUGUGCUAACAGUAAAGUACGGCUUCCAAACUGCAACCUCAAUGAUGAGAAAACCUUGAAGAAAAAGGGAAGAGGGACAUUUGAUGUCAGAGUGGAGAAGAACCACAACAUUUGUGCUGUGACAUGGUACGACACCUGUCAGGUGACACUUGUGUCAUCCUUUACUGGCCCAGAACCAGUGGAAAAGGUUAAACGUUGGGACAAAACUGCCAAAACAUUUGUGGAAGUUCAGAGGCCUAACAUCGUGGCGACCUACAACAAAAACAUGGGGGGAGUGGAUUUGCUGGACUCAUUUGCGGCCAAGUACAAGUUUCCUCUCAAGUCCCAUCGUUGGUACAUCAACAUCUUCUGGCACAUAAUUAUUCUAGCUGUGAUCAACGCUUGGCUCCUGUACAAACGGGACUGCAAGGCCUGGGCUAUUCCAAAGAAAGAGAUCCUGAUCAGGAGACGGUUUCAGGCCCAGUUGGCAUCCUCCCUUAUCCUGACUGGCACAUCUGUCCCAGUGCCAAAGCGAGGGCGGCCAUCCUCAAGCCCUAUGAGUUCUCCAGCUGCUAGGCCCUCUAAUGGCCCUUUUCCACUACCGUUUUUCAGCUCACUUCAGCUCGCUUCAGCUCACUUCAGCCCGACACGGCUCGCGUUUCGACUACCAAAAACCAGCACGACUCAGCUCGCUUCAGCCCUACUUAGCCCCUAAAACUCGCACCGUUUUGGAGUGGGGCUGAAGCGAGCUGAGUGAGGCUAGGGGCGUGAGCAGACACUCCCCUGUGCACUGAUUGGUGAGGAGGAGUGUCCUCACAUGCCCACACACGCCCCGCGAGCACGCUGGGAUCUGUAAACACCAUAAACCCGGAAGAAGGAGAAUUACGAAUUACGAGAAUUUCUGAAGCCUUAUGCGCCUUGCCUCAUCUAUACGCUCUUGCCAGUAUCUGUUGGCGUUGUCGGUGACAACAAGCCACAGCACCAAGACCAGCAACACUAACGACUCCAUGUCCUCCAUGUUUAUUGUUUACUAUUCGGGUUGUGAGACUACCGCUUAAAAGAUCACUGAUGUCACUGUUUGCGCUGCUUAACGACAUCACGUGACGUCCACUCACUUUCGCUAACUCCACCCAAUGUGUCCACCCACUUCCAGCCAGCACAGUUCAGUGCGGUUGUAGUCGAAAUGCAACUCCAACAGCCCCGCUCAGCUCGACUCAGCACGGCACGGCUCAGCCCGACUCAGCCGCAUUUGUAGUGGAAAAGCGGCAUAAGAGGAGAAAUGCACACCCACCAAGUGAUGUCUGCAAAGACAUGACUGGGCAUUUCCCCCAUCAAAGCUGACGGGGGAAGGUGCAGACAGUGUGCUAAAGGCUACACUAACACUGUUUGUAUGAAGUGUGAUGUCCGCCUUUGUUUUUCAGAACAAAGAAACUGCUUUUUGGACUACCAUAGGUAAAGGGAGAUGUAAAAAUGCAUCUUAAGUUUGGUUUCAGAUUUGUACAUACAGCAUUCAUCCAGUGUUUUUAAAGAGUGGAAAUUACUUUUUUUGAAUAAAUUACUGGUCAUAAAACAAUAUAACAUGUCUGACUAUUAUUGUUGUUGUUUGUUGUGAAGAUACAAUCACUUCUGUGACCCUUUAUCAGCAGGAAGGUGAAGACAAACACACCCAGAUCAUUUACAGUGUGUGAAUGAUGCCAGUGAAAUUCUGCUACCUACCCUUGAGAGCCAACGUUGUAAUUUUACAACAUUUCCCCAAAAAGUUGC